GAGAGAGAGAGAGAGAGGGAGAGGGAGGGAGAGAGAGGUUAAGGAUUAUAUUAGGGUUAUAAAUAUUCUCGGCUUGAUAAUAUCUGGGAGGACAGAGAGAGAUCUUGAUUGAGGAGAAUUGGAUCGAGAAGGAGAAGGAUGAGCAGAGGAGAAAGCUACGGCGGAGGACAAAGUUCAUUGGGGUAUCUGUUUGGGUCAGAGGAACAGCCAAAGGAAUCAUCUCCUUCAAAGACAGUCUCACUUCCACCAUAUGGCACUGACAUGCCCUCUAACACUGAUCAGAUCUUUCACAAUAAGAGUGCUCUCUCUCCUUCCUCCAGCCAAAAUCCCCAGCACGUCUCCGACGCCUUUUCCCGAGCUCAGGGCCACCAUUUGGGCACCUUCCUCACUGAUCGUCCAUCUACCAAAGUCAAAUCGGUUCCUGGAGGAGAUUCCUCGCUUGGAUACUUGUUCGGAGAUAAGUGAUCAUAGUUUCACCAAUAUAUUGCAGCUUUAUUUGGGGCAAUUACUAUAUGUAUCCUUAGUUUUAGAAUAGUCAAAGAAUGUCAAAUAAGGUAUUAAUCAUGUCCUCUCGUCGUCUCUGGGUUGCUUGUUCUUGCUUGUUUUCAGAAGAUGAUGUCGUGUAGUUAAAAUAAUUCAGACCAAACAUACAAGUCUUUUCGAUGGGUGUGGACCUUCACCGUUCCAACUAAGCUAGCUAGCUAGCAAGAAAUGUUCUUAUAUCCGAGUGUCUGCUUUCUUGUGCAGUUAGGCUGUACUUUACACUAUAUGUAAUGAAAGAGCCAUAUUUGUGUUUUGUAUUA